CUGUGUGGCUCAUUUUGCGCCAUUUUGUCCGCACCACUGUGUUGAUUGGGUUUUUGAGAUCUGUAGUGGAGCCAAUCAGAAGGGUACCGGACAACCGGAGAAACGGUGAGGAAGAAAAGAUGGAGCAAUACACUGCUACAACCAGUGGGGAUCAGAUAGUGGUGCAAGCUGCCAAUGGCCAAAUCCAGCAGCAGGCUCAGGGCACCGUAACAGCAGUACAGCUGCAAACAGAAGCCCCCGUCGCUACAGCUACAGGCCAGCAAGUGCAGACGCUCCAGGUAGUCCAGGGUCAGCCACUGAUGGUCCAGGUGAGUGGCGGGCAGCUGAUUACGUCUUCAGGUCAGCCCAUCAUGGUACAGGCCAUGUCUGGAGCUCAGGGCCAGACGAUCAUGCAGGUGCCUGUAUCUGGAGCUCAAGGACUUCAGCAGAUCCAGUUGGUUCAGCCGGGUCAGAUUCAGUUGCAGGGGGGUCAAACUCUGCAGCUGCAGGGUCAGCAAGGUCAGGCUCAGCAGAUCAUCAUACAGCAGCCUCAGACUGCCAUCACUGCGGGCCAGAACCAGGGACAGCAGAUUACAGUUCAGGGACAGCAGGUUGCCCAAACAGCUGAAGGACAGACUAUUGUAUACCAGCCUGUGAAUGCAGAUGGCACAGUUCUGCAGCAGGGCAUGAUCACCAUCCCAGCAGGCACCCUGGCAGGCACUCAGAUUGUCCAGGCAGCAGGGGCCGCUAACACCUCCACAACCAACAGCGGGCAGGGCACGGUCACCGUUACCCUGCCAGUAUCUGGAAACAUGGUGAACGCUGGGGGAAUGGUCAUGGUAAGACCUCCUGAUGAGAUGGUGCCGGGUAGUGGUGCUGUGCCAGCCAUCCAACGAAUCCCUCUGCCAGGGGCCGAGAUGCUUGAAGAGGAGCCGCUGUAUGUUAAUGCCAAGCAAUAUCAUCGUAUCUUAAAGAGACGCCAAGCUCGUGCCAAGUUAGAGGCAGAGGGCAAGAUCCCUAAAGAGAGAAGGAAAUAUCUUCACGAGUCACGGCACAAACACGCCAUGCAGAGGAAGCGUGGUGACGGCGGGCGGUUCUUCUCGCCUAAAGAGAAAGAAGAAAUGGCCUUGGCCAUGCAGGAGCAACAGGACCAGAACCAGGCUGGAGACGAGGCUGUGGCCCAGAUGAUCCGGGUGUCAUAGCACUAGAACUUCUACUGUGUGUUUUUUUUAAGUGACUCUGAAGGCCCACAUUUUCACCAUUGUGAAUCACCGUCUCCACCGCAACACUAACAGACAGCCCUAAUUCAUCACGGCCUGUGUUCCUCCUGUCUCGUGUCUUCUACUAAAAGGAGGGGCCCGUCUGUUUUCUCUCAGUGGUCUUGUAUUGCUCCAGAGGACACGCAUAGAACCAUUACUGUUAAUGUACGGUGUAAUUAAUUCAGCUUGCGAUUUAAAAAGCAAUUAAAUAGCAAAGUGUAAAUCGACCCAGAGAGAGAGAGAGAGAAAACAGUUAGUAAUGACUCAUUUACCAUGAUGUUUUUUAAAGGUGGUAGUAGAACAAACAAGAAUUUUGGCAAUGAAUUGCAUGAAGACCGAGACGAGCUGUUUGAUUUCUACUUUUUAGCAUUAUGGACGGUUCUUUUCAGGUUUAUGAACUUAUAAGUGGGAAGUUACAUGGAAAUGAUGUAGGUUUAUCUCUUACAAACUAAUUGUGGUGUUCGGCGUACUGUAUGUGUUUGGCAUGGGGAAGAGAGCAUUGGGAAAACAAUACAGACAAAAAGGGCAACAUUUUUCAGAAAUCGGCCCUCAUCACCAAGGAAACGUAUAUGGUUGUUUUUCUUUCCCAAGCUUUUAUACAGGCUUCAUCCAUAACAUGAAGUUAUUUUACAUUAGUGUUUUGAUACAACAGUCAUUUGUAAUUUGAGUGCGGUUUGUGUAUCCAGUCACUGUCUUCCUGGCUCAUCUAGCUCCUUCUUGGAAAUGCAAAUGCUCCUCGAGUUAUGUUGAAUAUUGAAGUCAUCUAACCUGUAUUUUGAUAAAAAGUGUGCAAAAUGCAUUGUGAAACAUCA